GGCGAGGGAUGGUUUUUUGAAUCAGCGGCGUUGUUAUUGACGCCAUAUUGCUGGUGUGGAAGAGUCACAGAGGCGCACGGCAGCUCCCGCCGCGGCUAUCUCUCGUCAUCGGCGGCCUCAGGCCGGGUAGCCUCCCGUCGUGCCGCUCCCACCGGCCUAGACACCCUCCCGGAUUCGGCCCGGGGAGGAUUUUCCGCGGGCGGAGCCGACGAGUCCAGCCGAGCCGGGCCGAGAGCUCCGGGCCGCUCCCUGGAGACGCAGGCGGAGCCGGCGGCCGGCAGGCAGCAGAAAAGCCCAGGAGGCGCGUAGCAGUGGCGACCCCGAGCCUGACGCGGCGAGGCAGCGCCUGAAGCGCCUCCUCCGCCCCCUCCUCCUCCGUUCCCUCCUUCCCCCCCGGUCUCGUCAGCUCCUUCCGGCCCCGCUCUCUCUCUCUCGGUGGCGAAGGCCCAGCCGGCUCCGCUCCCUCAGCCUCUUCGUCCUCGUCUCCCUCCACCUCCGCCAUGGCCUGCGGCGCCACCCUAAAAAGGACUCUGGAUUUCGACCCGCUCCUGAGCCCGGCCUCGCCGAAGCGGCGGCGCUGCGCCCCUUUGUCCGCUUCGGCGGCCGCCGCCUCCUCUUCCUCCGCGGCCUCCUUCGCCUCGUCCCCGCAGAAAUACCUGCGCAUGGAGCCUUCGCCCUUCGGGGAAGUGUCCACUCGCCUCACCACAGAGCAAAUUCUGUACAAUAUAAAACAGGAGUACAAACGCAUGCAGAAGAGGAGACACCUAGAAAACUUUCAGCAAACAGAUCCCUGUUGUUCUACUGAUGCACAGUCACAAGCAUUUCUCCUUACUGGACCAGCUUUGCCAGGUACUUCAUCUGCAGCAUCAUCGCCACUGAAAAAAGAACAGCCCCUCUUUACUCUCAGACAAGUUGGAAUGAUAUGUGAACGCUUGCUCAAAGAACGUGAAGAGAAAAUCCGUGAAGAGUAUGAAGAAAUUUUGACCACAAAACUUGCAGAACAGUAUGACGCAUUUGUGAAGUUCACGCAUGACCAGAUCAUGCGACGAUAUGGAGAACAGCCUGCAAGUUAUGUUUCAUGAAUCAUGUUUUCUGCAUAUGUGGGCAGCCCUGAAACCCUGUUCUAUUGUUGCAAGCUGUCCUUUAAAGACUUGCAACAAUGCCAUAUUCCCCCUUCCCCCCUCUGUAUACACUGGUUAUUUCAAGCUUUUGUCAGUGGCAACCACUCUUAUGCAGCAACUGGUUUUGGAGUGCUCCCUGAUGUCAGUACCACCUGGAUGUGGACCUUUGCUACCUGUUAAUACCAGUGGUCUCAUUUGCUGUAUCAUUACAAUUUGGCUUAUGUUAAUAAGUUUGAAAAGUAAAAGGAUUAAAGCUGGUGUACUAGAACUCUGCCCUUCACUGGUUGUGUAAAUAAAAGUGUAGAAUGACACUUCUGACUGAAGUUAGUGUGGUUUUCAUAACUGUGCACUGCAAAGCUAUAUUCACAGUUAAAUUAGAAUGUAAUUCCUGGACAAAUUUAAAGCAAAUAGCCCACAGUACUGCCUGUGAAAUAGUGAAGGAGGGCAUUUCUGUAUUCCAUGACUUUUUGGGGGGUUAAGAAUGGGUUUAUAUAAUUUCUCAUUUUUGUAGGUUUUAUUUAUUCUAUCAGUCUUUAACAAAUGUUUAUUGCUGCAAUUUUUCAGUGUAUCAUUGUUUUACUGCCCUUGUAGUACUGGAAUUUAGUUGAAAGAAUAAACAUUUACUUCUAA